AUGCAGACUGAAACAAAACUGGAUAACAAUCAACUUUUGAACGAAAUCAAACACGGCUUGGGAGUAAUGGAAGUAACUGAGCAUCAUUCUCAAUAUCGAGGCUCGACUCACUGGGGGGAUGUGCUUGGAGAGCUGAAAGAACUCAGAAGCAUUUGGACCCAGGCCCAAGAAGGCCAAGAAGAGGAUUUCGAUGCAUCAUUUCCUGCUAUCGAUGGCCCCUUCUUGUUAAGUGGAAUUGUCAAACAUGUAUCUUUCAGUGAAAUUUUGGCAACACUACCAGCAAAAUCAGCCGUAGACAAACUGAUUCGGAGGUUUUUCGAUGAUACAGAAUGUCCCGUACCAGCAUUCAACUUUCUGCAUUGCCCGACAUUCUUGCAGCAGUAUGAAGACUUCUGCGCCAACCCGACUCAGAGCAAGGUCAUGUGGCUUGGUCUUCUAUUCUCGAUACUGACAUUAGUCAUGCUGUCUUACCACAUCCUUCUUGAUGAGCCGCCAGAAUAUGAAGGAGUAUCCGAAUCUCUAUUUGAGCUGUAUCGUUUAAGAACAGCUCAAUGCCUCAUGUUGGGAGACAUUACCAAAUGUGCUCCCUUCACAAUUGAAACACUCAUUUUCAACUCCAUGGCAGAACAAGCAACUCGUCACGACAGUGGAGCAAGUGUGUGGCUCAUGUUUGGGGUAAUCAACCGUGUUGCACUGCAAAUGGGCUACCAACGGUUAGUGACGUCCAUUGCCAACAAGCAAGCAAGUACUUAUUCAGCCCUCAGCGACCCAUCUCAGUACAAGGAGAUCUCAGUAUUUCAAGGCGAAAUGAGAAGACGAAUAUGGUUUUUCGUCAUACGAAUCGAUGCCUUGACAUCAUUUCAAGCUGGUCUUCCAAGCAUGAUCGGAUCCCUAAAGUAUGACACCUUAGAACCGCGCAGUCUUCACAAUUCAGAAUUAUAUGAAGGAAUGACAGAACUCCCUCCCUCGAGGCCGAAAAGAGAACAGACUCCUGUUGCCUAUAUGUUAGCUAAAGGAUCAAUAGUACGUGUCAUAGGAGAAAUCGGUGAUUUGCUCAAUUCACUAGACACUUACUCCUACGACACCGUUCUCAAUCUUGACGCUGAGCUGACACGCUGUCAUUCUGAACUUCCUCCAUAUCUCCAAUUUGGUUCGCUGAGUAACCGCAAAGUCGACGAGUCAUACAUCUUCAAUGGAACUGUUCAGCUUGAACUUCUAUACAAUCAAGGAAUAUGUGUUCUUCACCGCAAGUUCUUGGCGAAGGGCAGAUUCGAUCAGAAGUAUGAGCGGUCGCGUUUGCAAUGUGUCCAAUCUGCCCUGGCACUGCUAUCACUUCAACGUAUCUUGUACAAUGAUGCAAUACUUCCAGAUGGAAGGCUACGUUUCACUCGGCACUGGUACCGCUUCACCUACACAAGCGAAACUUUCAUCUUGGCGGCGAUGAUACUCUGCUUAGAUCUAAAACACAGGAAAGUUGAGGCUUCGGUACGAAACAAUAAUAUUGACACUGACCAACUCGAAACUAUACUGUCCGCACUUCACGGCUCUCGCGAAAUUUGGGGUCACGCCAAAGGAGUUGCUUCUGAAUCCGCGGCUGAUGCAUGGAAGGUUCAUCGUGUCUUGACUUGUAUGCUCGGCAAUUCAGAAAAGUGGACCACCAGUUCGCGGCCUCCAGAAGGACUGGACCCAGUUCCUCAAAACGCAGGGGAGCUCUUUCCUAAUUGUGCUGUCGACACUAUGGAACUCGUUGAUGAUCCGUUUGAUUUGAACAUAGACUGGACGGUGUGGAACUCGUUCAUUGAAGGUGGUGGCAGCUUUGAAGACGCUUUUGGCGCAAUGCCACCGGUGGCUGGUUUGCAAGGAACAACAUUCAACACAAACGGUGCCUUCUACCAGACUGAUGGAAAGUAUUGA